ACAAAUCCCACUAAAAAACAAACCCUCACAAAAAUUUCCCUCUUUCCUCUCUUUCCGCCUCUUUUGUUUCCUACCUUCGCUCAAAUAAUACCCCAGUUUUCUCCACGUCUUAAAAACCAAUCCAUUCUCCUUAACACUUUGCCACUGCAGUGUUCUGCACAAGCUACCAACACACGCAGAAGACUCUCUCACUGAUAUGCUCUUCAACAUCUCUUCAUGUCCAGUGCCCACAUCCUACUAAGGUAUGGUAUCUGGGGCUAACCAUAACCAUAACCGCCAAGAAGAUGGGGAUAAGAACCCAGCAGCCAUGUCUAAAGGAGGAGCUUCGAGGUCGUGGGGCACCACCGUUUCGGGUCAAUCUGUCUCCACCAGCGGCAGUGUCGGCUCUCCCUCCAGCCGCAGCGAGCAGGCCAUGGCCACGCCGGCGAGCGAGACGGCUUUUCUUCGAUUGAACCAUCUCGAUAUUCACGGGGACGAUGCUGACGCCGAUGCCGGAUCUCAAGCCGCCGUUGGGAACAAAAAGAAGAAGAGAGGCCAGCGUGCAGUUGGAGGUGAUAAGAGUGGCAGAGGACUGCGCCAAUUUAGCAUGAAAGUGUGUGAGAAAGUGGAAAGCAAGGGAAGAACCACAUACAAUGAGGUAGCAGAUGAACUUGUAGCUGAAUUUGCUGAUCCCAGCACUAGUGUUGCAUCGCCAGAUCAGCAACAAUAUGAUGAGAAAAAUAUAAGGAGAAGGGUUUAUGAUGCCCUGAAUGUACUCAUGGCAAUGGAUAUUAUAUCCAAGGAUAAAAAAGAAAUACAGUGGAAGGGUCUUCCUCGUACCAGCCUCAGUGAUAUUGAAGAAUUAAAGGCUGAACGUCUUGGACUGAGAAAUAGGAUUGAAAAGAAGGCUGCCUAUUUGCAAGAGCUGGAGGAACAGUUUAUAGGUCUCCAGAAUUUGAUACAACGAAAUGAGCAGUUGUACAGCUCUGGAAAUGCUCCUAGUGGUGGCGUGGCUUUACCUUUUAUUCUGGUGCAGACACGCCCUCAUGCAACGGUUGAGGUGGAAAUAUCAGAAGACAUGCAGCUGGUGCACUUUGACUUUAACAGCACCCCCUUCGAGCUCCAUGACGACAAUUAUGUAUUGAAGGCAAUGAAUUUUAGUCAGAGAGCCCAGGGCAAUGAAAUGGCACCUAAUUUUUCUGCAGAUGGUGAAGGAUCAAGCAUGUACCAACAGCAGAUGCACCCUCCCCUGAUGUCAAAUACACCAAGUAGUAUGGCUCCUACCUCACCACCGCUUCCUGGAAUACUAAAGGCACGUGUCAAACACGAGCAUUAAUAACCGUGUUCCGUGCUGAGAACCCCCGGCAAUGUUUUCUUUAUCUGUACAUUAUGUAAAGUAAUUUGCCAGAAGUGGUCCAGGCCCUGUAGCUGUAGGAUGAUCCUCACCCCAUUACGUUUUCCCCCACAUUUUACAGUCUCCAAGAUUAGCUUGGAAUUCGUUUUUUUGCUUCUUGACCACUUCCCCAGGAGUAUUGAUUCUGGCAAGUCUCCAGUCUUACAUCUCCAUUUGCGAUUGUAAUUUGUUUUAAUCCUAUUUUGCUAGUUUGUGUGGGUCUGUAGAGAUUGUCCAGCUUUAGUUCUUCUGCACACGAACAACGAUGAGAUUAAAUCAAGAAUUAGGCAUUCACUGUAUAUUUCUUUUUAGAUUGUGGAAUUAUACAGACCAUCCCUUCUCGUCUCCUAGCUUCCUAACUUACUUUUGCAUGCCAUAAAACUUAAAUUUUCAG